AAUAUGAGUGUGUUCGCGUGUUUGUGACUUUAGGGGCAGAACGGAGGAGGCGCGACUCUGUGAGUCUCAGUCAGGGCACUGCUGCUGAAUUAGCUGCUGUUAUGGAGUCCGACAGCGGGUCCGGGCUUUAAAUGGGACAUUUUGACGAGCAGGUACUCAGACGUUUCUGGAAUGAAUGACUGCAUUUGCUCUGACAUUGCUUCAGCUCUUCUAUGAGCAGCAAUAAGGAAUGAAUCUGAAUGAAGGACAGGAAACAGGCUCGAUCGGCCAUUUAUCGCACCUUCAGGAAGCUGUGUACAAACAAAAUUAUCUCAAUUAAAGAAGCGGACAACAGACAUGGUGACAUAGUGGCAUUUAAUAUGGAGGAGACCAGCUCAUUGAACAUCUCUUUUCUUUACUCACAAUGUGUUUAUACACAGACAUAGACACAGUGAUGGUGUAAAUGGAAAGCCUCUGAGAUUUGACUCGAGUUUGCCUUUUACAGAUCAUUUGUUUGAUUAUUUGUUUAUUUUCGGUUGGGGGGGUCAUCCCCACGAUGCUGGGUGCUGGCUGCGUGCGACGCCUCCUCCGCCAGUUCACGCUCCAGACCAUCUUUCUCCUCCUCUUCCUCUUGUGCACGCUCAGCGUCUUCAUUUCCGCCUACUUCCUGUAUGGAGUAAAAAGGGGGUUUGAGCCUUCAGCUGGGGUGGCACCAGAGGACUGCGAUGAUGACCUUAUGCCAUCCCGGCUCCUGCCGCUCCAGGAUGAAGUGGGCGGAGAUGUGGCGGCAGAUGGCAGCCAGACCGAUCCGGUGGUUCUUGUGUUUGUCGAGAGUCAGUUCUCCCAGCUGGGUCAAGACAUCAUUGCCAUGCUGGAGUCGGCCCGAUUCCGGUACCACUCAGAGAUCUCUCCUGGAAAAGGAGACAUGCCUACACUGACUGAGCGUGACCGAGGCCGCUUCGCUCUCAUCAUCUACGAGAACAUCCUGAAAUAUGUCAACAUGGACGCCUGGAACAGGGAGCUGCUGGAUAAAUACUGCGUGGAGUACGGAGUGGGGAUUAUCGGCUUCUUCAAGGCCAACGAGAACAGUCUCCUGAGUGCCCAGCUAAAAGGUUUCCCUUUGUUCCUGCAUUCAAAUUUGGGUCUAAAGGACUGCACCGUCAACCCCAAGUCACCUCUCUUGCACAUCACCCGCGCCCACGAGGUGGUCAGAGGUCCUCUACCUGGUGAUAACUGGACCGUGUUCCAGUCAAACCAUUCCACAUAUGAACCAGUACUGUUAGCCAAGACCCAGUCAGCAGAAAGCAUAGGUCUACGUGCCGUUCUCCACACCUCUGUGGUUCAGGACCUCGGGCUCCACGAUGGUAUCCAGCGCGUGCUGUUUGGGAACGGCCUGGCCUUCUGGCUGCACAAGCUGGUGUUCGUGGACGCCGUGGCCUUCCUCACAUCAAAGAGGCUCUCACUGUCCUUGGACAGAUAUGUACUAGUCGACAUUGACGAUAUCUUCGUAGGAAAAGAGGGCACCAGGAUGAAGAUGGCUGAUGUAGAGGCACUGGUAGAGACGCAGAAUGAGCUGCGGAAGUCAAUCCCAAACUUCACCUUUAACCUUGGCUUCUCAGGGAAAUUUUACCAUGCAGGUACAGAUGAGGAGGAUCUGGGCGAUGACCUGUUGUUAUCAUAUGUUAAAGAGUUCUGGUGGUUUCCACACAUGUGGAGUCACAUGCAGCCUCACCGCUUUCAUAACCAGAGUGUGUUAGCGGAACAGAUGCUCCUGAACAGACGGUUCGCAGAGGAUCACUCUAUCCCCACCCACCUGGGUUACGCAGUGGCUCCUCAUCACUCAGGUGUCUACCCCAUUCACGUGCAGCUCUACGACGCCUGGAAGAAAGUGUGGGGUAUCCGAGUGACCAGCACAGAGGAGUAUCCUCAUCUCAAACCAGCCCGCUACCGCCGCGGCUUCAUCCACAACGGCAUCAGUGUGCUGCCAAGGCAAACUUGUGGUCUGUUCACUCACACUAUCUUCUAUAAAGAUUACCCAGGAGGCCCUCAGGAGCUGGACAAGCUCAUCGACGGAGGGGAACUCUUCCUCACUGUAUUACUCAACCCAAUUAGUAUCUUCAUGACUCAUCUUUCUAAUUAUGGAAAUGAUCGUCUGGGACUGUACACUUUUAAGAAGCUGCUGCAUUUCCUGCAGACCUGGACUCACCUGAGGCUGCAGACCUUGUCUCCUGUCCAACUGGCUCACAAAUACUUCAGCCUCUUUCCCUCAGACAGAGAGCCACUCUGGCAGAACCCCUGUGAGGAUAAGAGACACAAGGAUAUCUGGUCUAAAGAGAAAACAUGUGAUCGCUUCCCUAAGCUGCUUGUGAUUGGGCCACAGAAGACAGGGACAACUGCUCUGUAUCUGUUUUUGGGCUUGCACCCUGACCUCAUCGGAAACUAUCCCAGCAAAGAGACCUUUGAGGAGAUUCAGUUCUUCAAUGGGCACAACUACCACAAAGGAAUAGACUGGUACAUGGAGUUUUUCCCCCUCCCCUCCAACACCAGCUCGGAUUACUACUUUGAGAAGUGUGCUAAUUACUUUGACUCUGAAUUAGCAGCGCCCAGAGCAGCAGCUCUCCUACCUAAAGCUAAAAUCAUCACCGUCCUCAUCAGUCCUGCAGAAAGAGCCUACGCCUGGUACCAGCACCAGAGGGCACAUGAUGAUCCAAUGGCUUUGAAAUACACUUUUCACGAUGUCAUCACCGCACCCCGUGAUGCUCCUGCAAAGCUGCGUGUCCUACAGAGCCGAUGCUUGGUCCCGGGGUUAUACGCCAUUCACCUUGAGCGCUGGCUUACACACUACCACCCCAGUCAGGUGAUUAUGGUUGUGGAUGGGCAGAUGCUAAAAACUGAUCCAGCAUUAGUCAUGGAUAAAGUUCAGAAGUUUCUGGGAUUAAUGAACACCGUGAACUACCACAAGAUCCUGGCGUUUGAUCCUAAAAAAGGUUUCUGGUGUCAGCUCCUGGAGGGAGGAAAGACAAAGUGUCUGGGAAAAAGUAAAGGAAAGAGAUACUCGGAUAUGAAGUUAGAGUCCCAGUUGUUUCUAAGAGAGUACUACAGAGAUCAUAACAUUGAACUGUCCAAGCUGCUGUACAGGAUGGGCCAACCUUUACCCACCUGGCUCAAAGAUGAACUCCUUAACACUAGGUAGCUUUGAGCCACGUUACUCCCCUCUGUCUGAGAAUGGUACAGUCUUCAGCGCCAGUCGUUGUUCUGAAGUGGAAUAAACCAGCGAUAUUGUUGUGGGUGAGGAAGUCAUGUCUGUGGAUUUCCCCCGUCCUUUCAGAACAAAACAUGGUUUGCAAUCCUGUGGUUUGUAAAAUAUAACAUCUCUACUUCUCUUUAUUAAAACCCCCAUGGGGUAGUAUGCUAUCUCACUGACUCAUUCAAAGCGGAACUGGUACAUCCUCUGACUACAUCAUGACUUACUGUAAGAGUGUCAUGUUUCAUAUGGUAUGUAUCACUGGCUUCUCUCGCUUCUUCUUGUUAAGAGGAAGAUGUAAAACACACGAGAUGUCACCAGGGACUUUAUUUUUCCUUGUCUGCAAAGAAUAAAUGCACUGACCAUAAAGGUAUGGAUGGACUGACGUUUUUUCACUUCAGGACUAAAAAGGGUACAUUUUAAGUGCCAGUAAUUAAAGGCUGCACUGGGUUUUUUUGUACAGUGUAACUACAUCACACUCUUUAUUAUAUGAACUAAUUACAAAGCCCUUUUCAGCAUGACCCUGACGCAGUGCCAUUGAGGCCAUCAACACUAAAUGAAUGUGUAAUAAUUAAAUGCAAAGGCUGACAGGUAUCGAUUUAUUUAUUUUUUUUUAUUAUUGUUAAUGAUUUCCCACAGCUCAUUUCUUGCUAUUUGUCUACAUUGUAUAACCAAUCAUCAUCAAGAUUAAUUCAGCAGGUAACAUUUCUUCAGGCUUGAUGUACACCGAUCCACUGAAGAUCAGAGCAUCUCACUUGCCAUGUGUUGGCAUACAAGGCCCAUAAAUCGAAGGUUAUUAACUCUGAGAGAACCAUGUUAAUUGAUUUAGAAAUAUUGAAUGUGGGGAAUUAUAUCAAAUUCAACUAAAUUAUUUAGACAUAAAAACACUAUAUCAAAUCAUGAAAAAAAAAAUAUAUUGUUUUGAGAAGAAAUCACGAACAGCAUAUCUCAUUGCAUCACCAAUGUUUUUAAAUUUUAAUGUGCAUUUCAUCUCGACCCCUAACUCACUCCUCCCAGCCUCACACACCGUAGCUCCUACUUUACAGCUCCAAACUUUACAUCAUAUCUUCCCCUCCUUUUUUCAUCCCAACAUAAUUCAUCUCAUCUCAUCCCAUCCGAUCUCAUCCCAUCCCAUCCCAUCCCCCAGUCUUUUUGCAUUUCAUUCCAGUGCUUCCUGCAUGUAUCCUACAUCACUACAUCAUUCAUGACGACCCAUCCCCUUUUCGACCCAAUGCUUUUAUCACUCCACCCUUUUUUGUGGUCUCGACUCCACUUUCUAGCAAGUUCCUCCUGUUUUUAAUCCCCACCCCUUUAUCAUUUAACCCCAAUCCCUACAUCAUUCAUGACAACUCACCGUGUUCAUCCCAACACCUCUGUCACACUUCCCAAACUCAUCUGGAUCAAACAUACAGUCUUUUCCACUAGUCUUGCCUGCCUAAUCCAAUCUCCAAGGUGUGGAUAAUUCCCUGUAGGAUUAGCACCAGCCAUUUAAUCCUCUAUUUCAAGUCUUUUGCAACUCUCCUGAAAAGCUAAAAGUUCCUGAAUCUGCACUGGCCUUUUUCUAUCUAUCACCUGCUUCAUCAGCAUCAUCUGCUCUACCUUUCCACCAAAUCAGUAGGAACUCCAUGACUACCUAGCCAUAGUAUUAGAUUGGUCUGUUCACUUUACAGCUAUGGUGAAAUCAUCAUGUCUCCUAAGCCCAAGCCUCAACUUACACACACAACUAUACUGCUGUAUCUUUUCUGUGACAUAAGAAGCUGGCCAUCCCAUCUGGCGUCCUCAUUCUCAGUGACCGCUAUUCAAACAACUUGCUAUUAAUUGCUAUAUUUUCAAAUUUGUUCUAAUGGUACUGUAUGUAAAAUGUAAGAAUGAACUAAAUUAUGAUUUAUAAUACAAUUACCAUCGACUUUAAUAAGAAAACACACAUGCACCUGCACAUAUAUGCAGUUAUUCAAUAAGCCAAUCACAUGGCAGCAUCACAGUGUAUAAAAACAUGCAGACGCAGGUUAAGAGCUUCAGGUAAUGUUCACAUCAAACAUCAAAAUAGAAAAAAGUGUGAUCUCUUUUGUUUGACUUUAAUUGUGGAGUUGUUGUUGCUGCCAGAUGGACUGGUUUGCUAUAGAAACUCUAGAGUUUACACAGAACUGUAUGUGAAAAACAAACAAGAAAAAAAGCAUCCUGUGAGCAGAGAGUCUACAGGAUGAAACACCCUGUUGAUAAAGGAUCAGAGGAAAAUGGCCAGAGUGCUCUGACAGGAAGCUGACAGGAAGUCUGUAGGAACUCAAAAAGCACUCUGUACAACACAUCAAACUGGUGCAUUGGCAACAACAGCAGAAGACCACCUCAGGAUCCACUCUUGCCAGCGAAGGACACAGAUCUGAAGCUAUCAUAGAAACAGACUCAUCCAAACUGAACAGCAUGAGAGUGUAAAAUGACAAUUUCUGACUUUUUUCUAAUGUUCAGCUGUACAGUUUGGGCGAGUCUGUGUCCCCGAUAGCCUCACAUUCCUGUUCUUGACUCACAGGAGUGGAACCUGAUGUCGUUUUCUGAUGUUGUAGCUCACACACUUCAAGGUUGUUGAUGUUUUGUCUGUUGAGAUGCUUUUUAGCUCACCACAGUUGUAAACAUCGAUUAUUUGAGUUACUAUCCUUUCUUAAAGCUCAGAUUAAUGUGACUAUAUUCCUCUUAUCAAGAAGGUGUUUCCAGCCACGGUCACUGUUUUUUGUUUUUCACACCAUUUUGUGUAAACUCUAAUGACUGUUGUGUGUUAAAAUCCCUGAUCAGCAGUUUCUGAAAUACUCAAAGCAGCUCUUCUGUUACCAACAACCGUGUCACAAAGAUCGGACGAUUGGCAACAUGAACGCUACAUGAAUGUGCAGGUGUACAGAUGCUCCUAAAGCAUCCUAAAGAGGACCGUGGAUGUCAUUUUUCAAUCGAACUAAAUCAAGACUUUUUGAAAAUGGACUUUCUGUACUGUUACCCAGUUGUGUAGCGUGAUACUUUAUUUUUCUGUAGUGUUUACAGUUAAAGUGCAGGACAUCAAGACUCUGGAAUGAGAGUUUUACACCAGUUCUUGGCAAACUCGUACUGAAAGUAUAUGCUAAUAUACAAAUAUCAGUUUGUAUUUUCUUAGGCUGGGAAUGUGGUAUUAUUAAUCUACAGUCUACUUAAAAAAUACACAGUUAAGUGUUGUAACUUUAUCUAAAGUUCCUACUUGGGAACUAUGUGAUUUGUUGAUUAUUGUGUUUCAUUUUUCUCAGUGCUGUAUUAUUUUGUUUUCUUUUUUUAAAUUAUUUUCUUUGUUACUGUACAAAGCCAUGCAGGAAAAUCUACUGAAUGUGGCGCAUUACAUGCUGCUCACCACAGACAUGUAACGUAUGAAUCCAGCUUUUUCUGGAAAAAGGAUGUCAACAUGUGUUUUCUUCUAGAAGGUGAAAUUAUAAAUGUUCUUCUUUUUAAACCUGGUUUGUGGUUUUAAUUGGAUGCCACAAAUGACAUAUUGUUACACUUUUCCACCAAACAGAAGGACAUGGCGCAGGGUAAAUCAAUUACCCUUCUUAUGCAGGUUCCUUAAAGAGAAGUGCAGAUUAAGGAGUUAAACACGAUGCCACUAUCGGUAUCUGUAUCUUUUUAGUGCUCCACAUCUUCAUAACAGUAUCUGUAUUUGGAUUUAAAUCAGAUGUGGGUGUGGCCUAAAUUGGAAGUGUUUUGUUUUCUAUUUAUUUUUAUACACCCUACCUACAUAGCCAUUGUUUUUUACCUGGGACAAUUUCCAAUGAGAUUAUUUGUUACGUUUCUCAGAAUAUAAACAAACUAGUAGCGAAUCUAAACCCUGAUGAGGCAGUAACUAGGGGUGAAUGAAUGAAUGAAUGCUAUUAAUGCAUUGCUGUAAAUACAUUAUUAACAUUCAUGUUAAUGACUCUGGUCUUUCUUGUCCUUCGAGCUUCACAUCUGACCUUUCACUCUCAUGAGAAUAAAAAUCUGCUAGUGU